GGACGGAGGGAGUAUGUGAUAAGAACAAUGGGAAAGUAACAUAAGUCCUUUUGGCCCAUUUGUACAGUUAUACACGAAAAAAAUAACCUUCUUUUUGUAGUGCACUACGAAGAAACAAACGCCAUUGAUGAAAUCAGCAGUCAAGCAGUUGAAACCCUCCCACCGAAUUAUACAAUUAUUAAAAUGGAAAUUAAAAGGAUACAAAAUCCAUUUUAUUAUUACUUCUUUUCUCCUUCCUGCUUCCAUCGGACUUUAUAUAUCUCCUUUCUAUUUACCCACCUCUCUCUCUCUCUCUCUCUAAGAAAUUUGCGAAACCUCUUCCCAAAAAACUUGUGCGUAAAUAUUUUCUCCCUCUUAAAUCGUCUUUAAUGCCUCAAGUUGAUCUCGAGACCCUAGUCACAGCCUGCGCCGGCGGAGGAAACGACCGGAAAAUAGCCUGCGAAACACUCGCCGACGACGACCCAUCACAAAACGACGAGGUAUUGGAAGCGCCGCCGGAGUCGUUCUGGCUAUCGAAAGACGCUGAAUACGAUUGGUUCGAGCGGAACGCGUUUUACGAGCGAAAGGAUUCAACGAAGGGCAACUCGAAUUCCACCCAACACGUCAACCCCACUUCCACCUCCGCUAAUUCGCAGCGCUUCUCGGUUAGCUUGAAGUCCAAGGCAUCCAUAAUCGGACUGCCUAAAACCCAAAAAACCGCCUUCGUCGACUCCAAACGCCGCGCCUGCAAACCGCCCAACAUCAGGCUGUUUCCCAAGCGGUCUGAGUCGUCGGCCGGGAAGACCACCGCUCCCGUGCCCGAACCGGGUUCUCCCAAGGUCUCCUGCAUGGGGAGGGUCAGAUCUAAGCGAGGCCGGCGGAGGUCCAACUCCCUCAAGAGGCACGAAAAACCGCCCGAGAAGCCCAAAACCGGGCUCUACUCGAAGGUGAUGAGCCUGUUCCGGUCGAAAAAAGGUCAGAAGAAGGCGUCCCGGUCCGGGAGCCGGAGAGUGAUGGAGAUCCUGAUGGAGGACGUGGAACCGCCGCGGAAGAGCGUGAGCGUGAAGGUGCGGGAAGUUCCGGUGGGCGGCGAGGCUCCCGGUUUGGGAGGGAUCACCCGGUUCGCUUCGGGACGGCGGUCUGGGUCGUGGGUGGCCGAGGAGUUAGAGUUAAAUCCAGCGGAUUCGACGGAAUUAGAUCGGCACGCGGACGCGCGUAGAUGUUGAGAGCUGUGAGGCGCGAGAAAGUCUUCGUGAUUGGUUGUAAAAAUUUGGAGUUGUUGGGUGACGUGGCACGUUGAAUAACUGUUUCCAGACACGGCAGGUUUUUAUGGUUACCUUUCUUUCAAUGCUUGUCUUUUUAGUGGUGUAUGAUUUUUGAGUUGGUAUAUACAUAGGUAUGGAUAUUUAUGAAAUUAAUGAUCAUUGUAAAUAUACUUUUUUUUUGUGUGUGAGAGUUGUAAUUUCUUCUGCUUAAUAUAUUCUCUUUGGAUGGAUUCCUCCUUCA